CGCCACCAUGGCGGCCAAGGACGCCAAGGACGCCAGCAAGGAGCUGCAGGCCCUCAACCCGCUCAUCACCUGCAAGAUCUGCGGCGGCUACUUCAUCGACGCCACCACGGUCACCGAGUGCCUGCACACCUUUUGCCGGUCUUGCAUCGUGAAGCACUUCAAGAAGAGUUUGUUUUGCCCGGAGUGCGACGUCCAGGUGGAGCGGGGCUGCCCUCUCAACAAACUCAGGCCCGACCCAAGAAAGCAACUGCUGGUGUACAAAAUUGUGCCUCGCCUGCAUCAAAAUGAAGUGGCGAGACAAUGGAAUUUCAUCAAGAAAAUCCAGCCCAACUAUUACGGGCCCAGACUGCUGCUGCCCGGGGACCUCCCGGAAGAGACAAUCCGGGAUAGGAUAGUGGACAAGAUCCACGUUUACUCCCCAGAGGACAAGAUCAGUCUGUCCGUGGAGUUCGAAAGCGAGUCUCCUGGAGGGCUCAACGGCGUGAACACGCACAAGCGUUACCUACAGUGCCCCGCCGCCCUCACCAUGUACCACCUCAAGAAGUUCAUCCGCCUCAAGUACGACCUCAGCAACAUGUACAAGAUCACCAUUUGCUACGAGGGCGAGCCGCUUCCGGACAACAUGUCCCUGAUGGACGUCGCCUACCAGUUCUUCUACGAGCCGAAAUCGCCCAUGCGCUUCACUUACCGCGUGUGCGUCGGCGCCGUGUCCAAGGCCGCGCAGCACGUGAGCGUCAAGGCCGCCCCGGCGCCGACGGCGGCCCCAGUGGCGGCCGUGGCCCCCGUGCCCGUAGUGCCCGUAGUGCCCGUCGCCCCCGUGGUGGCCGUCAAGCCCAUGACCCCCGUGCAGCCCAUCACCGUGGUGCCGCCGACGGAGGCCAUGGCGGCCGUGCCGCGCCACGCGCCGCGGGGCUCGGUGUCCUCGCACACGGGCUCCUCGGACGAGGGCAGCACCACGACGUCGACGUCGUCCUACCGGCGGCAGCAGCGGCAGCGCAGCGCCAAGACGGCGGCCUACUCCGCCAUCGAGGCCAUGGACGAGUCGGACCACGAGGAGGAGGUGCGCGCCAAGCGGGGGCGGCGGACGCCGGGCAAGUCGCCACGCUGGGAGGCCGAGUCGCCCGAGCCCUACACGGUGUACCGGCGGACGCGCAGCACGCCGCGCUCCAGCCUGGACGACUUCGAGGCGCGCUACAGCGCCAAGGCGGGGCGCCGCGUCUACGCCACCGCCUUCUCCGACGACGAGCUGUCCGACCCGGAGACCAAGCGGAACACGCUGGCCAACGCGAUGGGCAACGCGACGUACAGCGUGGCGCGCCAAACGAGCCAGCCGGGCCGCAAGCCUAAGAGCGGCAAGAGGGGCCGCAAGCGCAACGAGAACAGCGAGGACGUCUACGAGUUCAACUCGCAGAACGAGGACAACGAGGACAAUGACGACAGCAACACGACGCAGGAGUUCGACUUCGUGUAUGACAACUCGGACCACGAGAGCGCCGGCAGCGACCGGCGGCAGGCCAACGGCGUCGCGGACUCGACGGAGGGCGUCGAGAACAACGGCUCCGUGGUGGACGACGUGGACGGCGACGUGGACGCCGACGAGCACGAGCUGGAGCAGCAGAUCGAGAUGGAGGUGGUGACGGACAACGAGGACAUCGACCAGCACAUUGAGGACGCCAUCGAGGAGGUCGAGGUGGACGCCGACGACGAGCAGGACAACGAGGCCGAGAACACGUCCUGCCUGGUGAUCGCGGAGGACGAGGAGGACGACGGCGUCGUGGAGGAAGUGAUCGCCGCCGAGGAGGACGGCCACGAGCUCGUCGUCGUGGAGGACCCCGAGGAGGGUGACGUGACCUACACGGUGGAGGUGGUCGAGAAGGACUCGCCCACGCACUCGGUGAGCAGCAAGAGCCCCACCGUGGAGGAAGACGAGCCGGAGAUAGUGCACGAGAAGGUGUUCCGGAAGAAGAGCAAGAAGUCCAAGCACCACCACCACCACCAUCACCACAAGAGGAAGCGCCACCACUCCCCCGUCAUGCUCAUCUCCAGCCCCGAGGAGGCCCCCAUGAAGCUGACCCUCAAGCUGCGGCCCACGCCCAGCAUCAGCCCCAGCGCGGCCGGCGCGCAGCGGAAGAGCCCUCUGCCGGAGUCGCCGAACAAGGAGAAGAAGGUCACUUUCGUCGACACGGAGAAGAUAUACACUGUGAAAAUCACGUCGCCGAAAGUGUCUUCGCCGACGAUCGAUUCUGCGGAGAAGAAGUUCGCCGUGAGCAACGGCGACGCGUCCAAGUCGCCGCGGCCGUCGUCGCCGAAGGUGCCGGAGGCGCCGAAGGGGGGCGGCAACCAGCCGAGCACGGCGUCGCCCAAGGCCGCCGCCACGUACCCCGCGGCCGCGCCCAAGAGCGAGGACAGCGACAAGACCGUGCCGGAGGAGGCCAAGGAGCGCCUCACGCAGAUGCGCCAAGUCCGCAUCAAGCCGCCCGCGCCGUCGCCGCCGGCGUCGUCGUCGGUACCGGACCUCAAGUCCGUGAAGACGCCGUCCUCGCUGACCAUCAGCAAGGUGGAGGCCGGUGAGGCGCCGCCGCGCACGCCAGAGCCCUCCAACAAGCCCGCCCUGGAGAUCCUCAUGCUGCCGCCGUCGCCGCCGCCGACGGACAGCGCCAGCGAGGACGGCGUCGCUAGCUCCGAGCCCCCCGCCAAGAAGCCGCGCACCGAGGCCAAGCCCCUCAAGGCCCCGAAGGCGGACACGCGGCCGAACCCCGAGCAGCAGUGCGUCCUGGACCUGUCCGACAAGACCAAGCGCGAGCUGUCGCCCAAGCCGCAGGUGUCCAGUACCACGCCGUCGCCCGUGCCCAAGGCCAAGCCGGCGUCGCCGCCGAGGGAGAUCUCCGUGCGCAGCGACCUGGGCAUCGUGCCCGGCGUGCCCAGCGUGGCCACGCCCCCCGACCUCGGCCUCAUGACCAACCCCCAGCUGCUGACCAUCCAGACCCUGUUCAACGAGGCCACCCUCGCGACCAUGCACCGCAUGAACGGCUUCCUGGGCACCAGCCAGGUGCCCCUCCUGAACCAGGUGCCCCCGAAGCAGCCCAUGAUCUCCCCGUUCCCGGCCAUCAGCGCCGCCAACGCGCAGCCGCAGCGGCGGCUGCUGCCCACGCUGACGGACAUCUACGCGAGCCGGCGCGUGAGCGGCUUCACGAUGCCCGCGUCGCCGGUGAGCCGGCCCGGGCCCAACCAGUCCGUCAGGCACAUCCCCAACCCGUCGGCGCUGCUGCACCGCCAGCACAGCCUGCACGGCCUGCAGCACGGCCUGCAGCACGACAAGCUGGACAGCAAGCAGCAGGGCCAGCUCACGGAGCAGCAGCUCAAGGAGCGCUACCAGCAGUUCCAGCAGAACCGCGCCGCCAAGGCCGCCUACACGUACUCCAGGGCGACCAGCGCGCCGGCCCCCAGCCCCAAGAAGCCCUCCGCCUGCUUCGCGGGCGUGUCCAUGAGCCCGCCCAGCUCGGCCGGCAGCAUGCAGGCGCCCACCAACAACAACCUGGUCGUCAAGACGGCCAUCCGGCCGCGCAGCAUCGAGAAGGUGGCAGGGCUGCUGAGCGUCCGCGCGGGGGCCAUGGGGGCGUACGCCGUGGAGGCCCAGGUGGGGCACUGAAACUAACCGCGUCAUCGCGCCAAGCGCGUUUUGCCGCGUCUCCGUGACACGCGUGUCUGUUGUUAUCCCCUGUAUAGAGGAAGCGUCAAGUUAUUACUUGUUUUUAAUUGUUGCACAUAUUGUAUAGAAAAUAACGAUUUAAUUAGUCGUGUGUUGGGAUCAUUGACUGCUUUCAGUAGGCUGCAGUUGUUUUUUUUUCUCGUGUGUUGACUUGUUGUGCCCUAUGCGGCGUGGUCUCUUUGUUUUGAAUAAUUUGACUGUGCGCGAGUGUUUUAAUCAUGUAGUACGUACGAGCUGAAGUGUCUGCGGGUCCAUUCCAGCCUACUUUCCAAUAUUAAGUUUGACUUAGUUCGCCCAAAGAUCUUAGUGUGAGCCUCAAAAUUAUGUUAUAAGUUGCACUAUUAUUAUUAUGUUAUUUUUGUUAUGUUGUAUGUUCCUGUUAAAAGAGUUUCUUUUAAUUUAUUUAUUUUGUUUUUAAUUGUUUCUUGUAUAUGUUGGGCGCCGCGUAGUUGUUUUUGACGAGGUAAAGGAGUUACCACUGGUGAUUGUUGUUUGGGACUUUAAGACUGCAUUACAUUUGUAAAAUGGUGUUCCUUCGUAGUUCCUGAUCACAAUCGUUCCCUCCUUCUCGAUUCCCACUUUUACUUCCUCUCACACCUGUACUGUAUGCGCGCGUUCUCACCCUAUGUAAUCUGUAAUUAUUCUUCGAGCGCACAAAAUAACUUACAUUAUCUACCAAUUAAUGAGUUAUUUGUCCAGGAGGCAGAAGUAGAAAAGAGUUACUGUAGUGCGAGUGAAGCUUUUGUAUCGCUUUUUUCCACAUCUCUCUGUUUGGACACAUGCCCCAUUAGUAGUGACGUAACGAAAGGUUUGACAGAGAAGAGAGUACUCGAACCGCCAAUCGCCUAGUGGACACGAAAGACUCGCGAAGGAUGGUCUGGUCUGUCAUCAAAUCGACGUGUCCAAAUUUUGACCAAAAUUACAUAAAUUGCAUUGUGCACUGAGUGGGUGAUUUUGGCGGUCUUCGGAGAUCGCUUUGGCGUCGUCGAUUGCCUUUGUUUGGCGGCUUUUUCUUGUAUUCACUUCAGAGGAAUGUGUUCUUUCGACAAAAAUCAUGUUGUUACGUGACGAGCGACGAAACUAAUAUAAAGUACAAAUGUGGGUAUUGAUUGGUGUUGAUUGUUGUUGUAGUAUUUAUGCUAUAUACGUAUUUAGUCAAAUUUACUGUUCUCUAAUGUGAUAUCUAGGUUUAGGGCAGGUGUGUUUCUACACUUAGUGCAAAAUAGUUAUAUUUCUGUAUGAUAUAGAAUCAAAGAAAAGCUAUUCCAACCAGAGUAAUUAUUAUGAAAUCUCCGUGUACGGCUGCUAAAUUAUAAAUAUAAUAUAUAUAUACGCACUCAUGGAAAUCUGUACUAAAUGAAAUGAAUAAAUAAUCAUAAAAUAA